AUGAGGGCAAAAAGUCAUAACAAAAGCAACGGUUACAACGCCCUACCAUCAUAUGGACGUCUGUACGGUACCAGAGGAGAUGGAUGGUGCGCCGAAAUUAAUGAUUCAGAUCAGUGGCUUCAAGUCGAUCUCGGGAAAGUUACUGAAGUGUGCGCUGUUGCAACCCAAGGAGACAUCAAUGGCAAUGAAUGGGUGAUAGACUUUAAACUAGCGUACUCUAAAUCCUAUGAGGACGUUUGGCCAACUUAUAAAGAUUCUAAUGGCUCAGAAGUGGUAAGAUUUGGGCCAAAAUGUCCUUUUAAACCCAGAACAUCUAACUUUUCAUGGUGGUCUAUAAUUAGAUUCAGUAGUAAUCGGUUUAAGCCUAGGAAUAAAAGUUUUAAUGUGCCGUCUGAUCGUCCGGGUGAGAAUAGUUCUGAAAAGGACUGCUGAAGGUAGUAUUGACUGACAUUUCUUUUCGUGGUCAGGAAACAGUUUUCUAGAGAAAGUCACUGAAAUUUUUUCUUGCUGUAGGUUAACUGCAUCGCACAGAGUCCCAGUAAACAGUGUUAUUCGCAAGUUGAUAAUGUUCAGAUUUGCAAUUGUUGGCGACACCAUUUCUAGUAACUUGUCGCCAACGUAAUAUUAUCAAACGUUAUCGCAUGUCGGCAGAUCAAAAGGGCGCGUUCGUCAAUCUAUCUUCUGCAACUCAGUUUCUGCGACAACAUUGGAAAUUAGCUACUCCAUAAUGGUUCCUUUUAGCUGUUUAAAAUUUUUAUCACUACUGAAUCCUCUUUUUGAAAAAAUUAAUCUUUAAAAAUUACGACUGCGUUAUAUUUUCUUAUUAUGUUGUAGAUAUUUCACAGGGAAGGUGGAUCCUACACAAUUGACCAACAUGCACUGGAGGUUCCGGUUUAUGCAAGAUACAUUCGUUUUCUACCAGUUACUUGGCAACGAUCGAUCUGCCUUAGAGUCGAAGUUUACGGAACCACCAGUGAGUUUGUUUAACUUGAAUUGCGUUUUGGAUCUGGGUUUUUACAAAGAGAAAUAAACUGUAGCCUUCUGGGGACUUUAACAUUUUUGAGGUUGGCGUUGUUCUUGACAUGAGCUAAAGUUACCACAUGCAUUUGGACGCAAAUAAAUUCUAAACCUCUUCUGAGAUCUCAGCUUUUAAUAACUAUUGUAUCUCUUAAAUUAAGGCUCUUCUGCCUCCAGUAUACCUCAUAUCUGUAUCAAAGAUUUUGCGGCAUUCACUACUUUUUGUAGUUAUUGUUGUAAAUUUAUAUAGUGAAUAAUACAAACGCAAGCAUAGAUAUCGAUUUUCUCUUCGAAUAUUCAAAGAAAAAAGUCCAUAUCUACGAACAACCACGUUUUGAAAAUAAUCUUAAUAAUCAUUAUUGUCAUUAUCAAUAUUAUUAUUAUUGUUGUGAUUAUUAUUAUUAUUAUUGUUAUUAUGAUAUUGAUAAUACACAUGAAAAAUUACUCAGUUCUGAUUGGUUAAGAAAAAUUCAGUUUUCAGGUAAUUCAAUACAGAAGAGGGUUAAUUCAGUGUAAAGAAGUAACAAACCAGACAUUCUGAUAGGUCAAUAAUCAAAGAAACUCUUACAUAGCCAAUCAAAUGCGAGCCUUGAAUGUCGCAACAUUCGGAUACGCUAAAAAUCUGCGAGCGAAACAAUGACCGGCGUUUUAAGUUGGUUUUCUUUGUUGUCGCCACUGCAACAACUAUACUGCAGCUGAGAAGCAGCUCUAACAACGAAGACACUGUAAAAGCACUGCUUUUGGUUUUGCGUUUGGAAAAAGUGGUGUUUAGAGAAGGGAAUUGCGAAGGAGAUCGAAAAUUACGAGCCGACUUAGCUUAACACUUAACACUCGAGCGAUUCUACGCCGAAAUUAAAAACAAACAUGGUUAAACCUCGCAAACGACGAUUCCAUUUAAUCGAAAGUGAUUCGGACAUAGACUGAAAAAUUCUUUGAACUGUUUAGCCGGACUUUGAACUUUUUUGCGCCCUUUUUGGCGUCUUAAAGAUGUGAAAAUAUCAUUGUAUAUCAUUGUUUUGAUCGUACGCACUUGUUUUGACCGAGUGCACAAUGUCACUUGAAGGUUUGAAUAGAUUAUUUUUGCACUUGAUGCGCGCGCUUUGCUUCUGCAUAAUUAUGAUGAGCUAUCUUUUUUUUUUCAUGUAUAUCAUUAACACGUAAUCACAUGGUUUUUUUUCGCCUAAUUUGGAAUUAAUAAGCACUUGUUAAUUUUUUCAAAGACCACAAAAUUGCACCCGCUGUACGGGCUAGUGCAAUUAAGUGGUGCUUAUUCAUUCCAAAUUGCACUCGAAAUCACGUGAUCAGCUCUAAAAAAAACACAGCUCUUAAUUGUGGAGAAACGUUGACCUCAACGCUUUGCAAUUCUUUCAUCAAGCUGACAGAGUGGUGCAAGGCAAGUGACGUGUCAACAGCUGAUUGCCGAUAUAAAACACACGUAAAAAAAUACCGCAGUUCUAUACGUGUGUAAUUACAGCUCUCUGUGGUCUGAAAUUCCUUAUAAAACACAGCAAUUUAUGUAAGAGAGCAGUUUUUUAUUCAUCCGGUAACAAUCUGAUAGCAUGUAAUGAACAAAAAACGAAAGACUUGAUUACCCAAACCCAUUUUAUUGCAUGUGCUAAAUUGGCGUGAAUUAGAAAUUGAAAAACAACCAUGCAAGUUGUGUUCAACACAAAGCAUUUAUACCAUUUAGAGUGUGCAGAGGCUCAAGGGGUAGAAAGUGGUGCCAUCUCCGACAACCAAAUGAGCGCCUCUUCUCAAUGGAGUCACAAAGAAAGUGCUCAUUAUGGUAGACUUCACGUAAAAGAAACAAAGCACAACGCAGGGGGCUGGGUGGCUCUCACAGAUGAUGAAAACCAGUGGCUGCAGAUUGAUCUGAAUAAUCGAUACAUUAAAAUAACAAGGGUUGCAACACAAGGACGAAACAUCCGUAAUUGGCAUUGUAGUGUAACCAAGUACCAUCUGACUUACAGCAACGACGGAAUAAAUUUCUACUUUUAUAAAGAGCGCGGACAUAACGAGGCCAAGGUUUGAUAAUUAUCCGAAAUAACUUGUUCUUCGUUUUCCAUAAAAUUCAUACAAACUGGGGAUAUUGUUAAGAAAUACCGUGUGGGAGGAAAACCACUUCAGAAUUCAACGUGGUGUUGAAAUGUUAUCAGUACAUACCAUUUUCUGGGGAUGGUGGAAAGCAGUUUCAGGGCUGACAAGAAAAACGACAUGAAAACUUAUCGAAGGAAUAGGGUAGAUACUCUUAUUAAAGCUGAUGUUCUAAAAAAAAAAAAUGCCUAUGGAAAUAACCUCUUGUCUCAUGAGAUUUAAUUUCCAACUCUCUCUAGAAUUUUUCUGGCAAUACAGACCAAGACACCGUUGUGUAUCAUGACCUUUCCCCACCAAUCAGGGCAAGAUACAUUCGUUUCCAACCCACAAGUUGGAUUGGUGGGGUAUCUAUGAGAGUAGAGUUGUACGGCUGUCUAGGUGAAGUUCAAUUUUGAAUUGCUUAUAAGAGUUCUUGGGUCGUUCAACAAAUGAUUUGCAGUUCGCUUAUCUUUUAUCCUUUAGGCGAAAGAUAUCGUGCACUAUUAUUUCAUUUUGCCUUCUUGAAUAUCUGAACUUCUUAAAAAGGUUAUAGCAUUUUCCAUUUUACGCUCAUGGUCUUGUUGGCGUUAAAUAAUAAGCUUUCCUUUAAUUCACAAGACUCUAACAAAAAAAAUCUCCAUUUUUCUUACAAGAGUCCUUGCCUAGUCCUACAAGAUAUUCAAAUUCUUGUUCAAAUAGUUAUAUUUUCUUCCUUGACGUUAACAUCCUCAUUCGAAACUAAUACAAUUCCCUCUAAUUUUGUUUUCGUCCCCGUUUUAACUUUCUUAUAGUAAGAAAGAUAGUUGCGGAUUUAAUCUCAAUUAUAACUUUUUGUUUAUGUUCUUGAAAUAUAAAGAAUGUCAAGACCCCCUUGGUAUAGAAAACGGUGCCAUUUCUGACGGACAAAUUAGUGCCUCUUCAGAACUGAAUGCAGAUCAUGCGUCGACUAAGGGCAGACUAAUAUUAAGCGAGGGGACUUGGUUGCCUCUGAAAGAAGAUGGCGACCAGUGGCUCCAGAUCGAUUUGCGAAAUAAUGAUAUCAUCGUGAAACGAGUUGCCACACAAGGAAUGAAUGCUUCGCCUAAGUGGGUUACCAGCUACAAUUUACAGUAUGGCUAUAAAAAAAAUUACCUGCAAUAUUACAUGGAACAAGGGACAACAAGAAAGGUCUAUAACAAUAUUAGCAAGGCUGCCUUUCCGUAGAGGAAACUAGCUUUCAUAAAGAAAUCUUUAGACUGUGUUAGGAAAACCCUGGAUUUUCUUUUUUUUACAUUUUUCCAAGUCAAUUAGUGUUGAGAAAUGUGUCGAAAUCAUGAAAAAAAAAAUGUUCACCUAGUGGAGGAAAAUCAGAGUUGUGCUGUCAAUUGCACGAGGAAAUAUUCGAUUCCAAUUAACCAUCAAUCUAAUUGUUGCACUUUUAUCGCCCUAAGAAAAUGAAACAUUUAUUCCUCUUUUCAUUGUUCGUUUGCUUUUCUGUUUUUUUUUGUUUGUUUUUGCUUCAUUUAUCAAGGUCUUUGCUGGGAAUUAUGACCAGAAGACAAUCGUUUAUCAUGACCUGAACCCACCUAUCGUAGGACGUUACAUCCGAUUUCGUCCAGUUAACUGGCAGGAGGGAAUAGCAAUGAGGGUGGAGCUGUUCGGUUGUUCAGGUAACCUUAAGUGAGAUUCGGAUGGGAGGCUUUAAUCUUCCAUUAACUGAUUGAAGGUCUCCUUGUAUUAAGCCACGGAAGCUUGAUAGCAAGUUGAAGACAUGGAUUCAUGGGUUUUCCUUUCCAUGGGUUGUGAGGAAAACGUAAAUGGUGCAACAAAUACCAGAAUGUUACAAACAGCUGUCUAUCCCUAUAGCGAAACACACAGAUAAGCCAAAAGAUUGCACUGGAAAGUUAGUUCGACAGACAGACAAACAGACAGUUAAAUAGGAGAAAGAGUCAAACACGUAGGAACUCAUAUAAAGCGGACUCGUAAUUAUCAUGAAAUGGCGCAAUGUAAUAAUACUAUGGGCUCAUUCAAUGGUGCUUGUCUUCAGGGAUUCUCAGGAGAUGAUGUUAAUUGAUUUGGUGUGAUACACAAAUUGACCUGACUUCCCAGCUAUAACUAUCGAUGAAAAAGAAAUACACAAUUUUAUACAUUACGCCCUAUUUAUAACGUUAAUUUUAAUCGAGGCUUAGUGCAAGGUAUGUCUUUAUUAUGACUGGAAUCACACAAUAUAAUAUAGCACUGAAAAUGGAUAAUAGAGAGAGAUGUAUCGUAUUGAUAAAGUGUGGCGUCCCCUUAGACAUAAAUUAAAUCCUUUAGUAGGUAGCAGUCUUUAGUUGCUAAUGUUGUAUUUAGAUAAAUGACAAUCUGCAAAAUACCAAGCUAACUCGUUAAUUACGUUUCUUGCAGCCGCCAAAAUCCCAGAAGCAAAAGUCAUUUUUCCUUUGAACAGUUUCUUUGAAACAAGGGAGAUCACUAAUAAACAACCCCAAGGCAUUCGUGGAGAUGUAUCCUUAGCGAUAGGUCCGAAUGGCGACAUAGGUGGCUCUUAUCGAUUCUCUGGGCAUGCGAACAGCUACAUCGAGUUCCCAAACGAUGGGGGAUUAGACUUGAAACACUCAAUCACAUUGCUAUGUUGGUUGUAUCCUGAAAAUACAUACGACGGGGCUUUCUUCAAUUACAAAUCAAGGGGUGCCUGGGCCGUUCAUUUUUGGAUAGGCCCAAAUGGAAUUAUUUACGUUCAUAUCAGAAACAGAGAUUACUUAAAUACAUGGGGCUCGUUAUCGACCAAUCAGCCUUUGGCGACGCACAAAUGGCAUUAUAUUGGUGCUUCUUACGACUAUAUAACUGGAAUGGAAAGUGUAUGGGUUAAUGGAGUGAGAGUAGUAAAAAAGGAAUAUCGGGGCCGGCAUAACGCUGGGUACACAGGAUAA